AUGUCACCAGACGAUUAUUUUGUUUAUGAUGAAGGGACAGGACAGGACAAGAUCACCGUCUGUAACAUGACUUUUAACAUUGAACCUGGUGAGUACAUUCUACACGACUACGCUCCCCGUGUCAUCUUAGCUCUCCUAGUCCUCGUCAUCUUCCUGAUCGGAAUCCUUGGAAAUCUCUUCGUCGUCGCCGCCGUCAUCCUCUCCAAACGACUUCAGAACACCACAAAUGUUUUCGUCAUCAACUUGGCCGUCGCAGACUUUUUGACAGCUAUGUUCCUCCCUGUUCACGCCUCCACGCUCUUGAAUAAAUCAAGUUGUUACAUCCCGGAGCUGCUCUGCCAGUUCGUAGCAGCAGCCACCCUCACCACACUUGGAUGUAGCGUUGUUACCUUAGCCGCGAUCGCCUUCCAUCGCUUCACCGUCCUCAACGCCAUUUUGAAACCCCAACCCAAAUUCAACAACGCAUUUAGCACUCGGAAUAUCGUGAUAAUGGUUUCCUUUACCUGGCUCUACCCAAUUAUUCUCAUGUUUAUCAUAUUACCACUGGACGUUGGGUCCCUUGGCUAUGCUCUUCAGUACAAAGUAUGCGCGCAGAAUACAGAGAAUGAAAAUUCAGACUAUCUAACCCUGACGGUGUGUCUCCUCAUUCAGUUUCCCGCCUUUAUCGUCAUCAUCGUCUGCUAUUUCAAUAUCUUCAAAAUGUUCAGGUGUCAUCAACAAGAGAUGAACGCCAUCAUGGCCCCUUCGGUCAUGAUUUCGACGACGGAUAGCGAAGUCGUCAACAUAACAAUCAUUGAGGAUUUGUCGAAAGAACAACCAGAUGCUCCCAACGAUGGCACCAUCAAUCUUGGAUUUAAUGAAAGUGACGGCAUCAAAAUCGCGCCACCUGAAGAUCGGGAAAUCUUAACAGAGCCGUCUGACGCAGCAGAGCUUCAUGAAAUUGAACCAAUGACAAAUGGAGAUAGCGAAGUCAACAUCACAAUCAUUGAGGAUUUGUCGAAAGAACAACCAGAUGCUCCUAACGAUGGUACCAUCAAUCCUGGGUUUGAUGAAAGUGACGGCAUCAAAACCUCGCCCCCUGAAGAUCGGGAAAUCUUAACAGAGCCGUCUGACGCAGAAGAGCUUCAUGAAAUUGAACCAAUGAAAAAUGGGAAACAUUCGAAAGCCCCUCAAGCGCUAAAUCCAGACCGAACCGGAUCCACAACCAUAUCGCCUUCCGGCCCGACGACGCAACCAACAGUUCAAAUCAUCACUCGAGACACACUGGCAAGGGAGAGUCAGGAAGUUCGCUACAAGCAACAGCGCAAGAUAACCAUCAACCUCUUCAUCAUUGUCUGUGUCUAUACAAUCUGCGUGAUGCCUCCAGCCGUCUCCUACCUCAUACCAACCAGCGACCCUGCUGUUCCUUGGUUUACCAUUCUCUUCCUGUGUAAUGUAUGCGUCAAUCCGAUCUUAUAUGCUUUGAGGCAUCCUACCUUCCACGAGGUUCUGAUGUGUAUGUUGAAAUGCAGCUACAGGGACAUCCCAGAUAAGUCUUCUUUCUUGAAAGCUCUCAUCUAUUCAAUCAAUGACGCGAGAGAUUAG